AUGAACGCCCUCAAAGACAAGCUUCAAGCAAUGGUGAAUUCUGCUAUGGCCACCAAUUCUGGACCAAAACGCCUCCUCAACCCCAGUAGCCCAGGCCGUCGUUUGUGGCCUUCCGACACGCCAAAGAACAACGCAGAGUGGGAAAUCCGGCUUGAUGCUGGAGAAGCCAGGAAAGACAAUUCUGAUGUGGUCGCUGUAAAAUUGCAGAUUAACAGGGAAGCCAAAACCAAGGGUCUCAAGGACCUGGUCAAGGCGAAUGGGACCCAUUACACGUAUGCAACGGCGUGGGUUAAUGUCAAAGAACCCCCGACGAAGGAGGCGGCGGAUAAGCUUGUCGAUGAUCUGAUCAAAGACCUGGGGGAUGACUGA